GGACUACGACCGUCGUAUAUCGCUACGCCAUGUUAUGUGCUUUGACCCGUAAAGCGGUAAGAUAAUCUUCCGCUUGAAAUCGGCUGUAAAAAGAGACACCGAGAGGAACGAAACUUACGAAACAAAGCAUUUGCGAAGAGGCGAUCCCCUAAAACGACAUGUGCACCUCGGAUCUACGAAGCUGGCCGAUCUUCAGUUUACUGGAACCGGAAUUCGUCUCGCAGAUUCACAUGGUUGUGGUAUACGGUAACUUGGGUAAUGAGGCCUUAAUCGUGACAAGGGAUAAAAUGGUGCACGCCCUAGGUAAUAACAUCGCAGGUUGUCUGGGAACGGGGGAUGCGCAUAGCACGCUGUAUCCAAAGAAGGUGGAUGCCUUGUGCGACAAAGAUAUAAAAACGUUCGCGUAUGGCAGCGGACCUCACGUUCUGAUGCUUACGAAAGAGGGAGAGGUGUAUUCCUGGGGUCACAACGGUUAUUGCGAGCUGGGGAACGGAACAUGUAAUCAAGGUCUUACGCCUACUCUAGUGAAUAUGCCCACUCUAGGAAACGGUCUGAACAUGAAGCGCAUCGUGGACAUCGCGUGUGGGAGUCACCAUUCCGUUGCUCUGACCGAAGACGGUGAGGUAUAUGCCUGGGGACAAAAUAAUUGCGGACAAGUGGGAAGCAGUAUCAGCACAAAUCAAGGUGCACCUAGACAGGUGAACUCUAAUUUAGCUGGGAAGAAGGUUGUCUACAUUUCCUGCGGUCAGACCUCCACCAUGGCUGUCAUCGAGAACGGCGAGGUGUACGGUUGGGGCUACAACGGCGUCGGCCAGCUGGGGAUAGGCAAUUACGUGAAUCAAAUGACGCCGAGUCGGGUCGGCUCGCUAAUAGGCACUGUGAUAGUUAAGGUGGCUUGCGGAUACGCGCACACGUUGGCGCUCACCGACGAAGGGAAGCUCUACGUCUGGGGUGGGAAUAGUUACGGCCAGCUGGGGAUCGGCAACAAGACAAAUGCCUGCAAUCCAGUUAUGUUGGUUGGUCAUCAUCAGAUUACGCACGAAAUGGGAAGGGUGUCCGACAUCGCUGCUCUGCACUACAAUCACAUAAGUAUCGCCAUUGCCGAGGGAGGCCGUGUUUACAUGUGGGGUCACUGCCGCGGUCAGAGCAUCACGACCCCGACCGCGACUCCAUUCUCGAACGUGCACGACGCGCUUGCUUGCUACGGAUCGCCGAGCGUCAUGCACAAACCGCUAAUCCUACACCCAAAUGAAGAGUCGAGCAUAUUGGAAUGCCUGAAAACUGCAUUCGACGAUCCGUCGACGAGCGACCUCACGAUACAAGUGGAGGGCCAAUGUAUCCACGUGCACAAGGCUAUCUUGAAAAUCCGCUGCCCGUACUUUAGAACUAUGUUUCAGCACAAUUGGGCAGAAAACAACCAGAGCGUCAUCGAGCAUGAUCAAUUCUCAUACAUCGUCUACAAAGCGUUCCUGAAGUAUUUGUACACUGACGUGAUCGAUCUACCUGUGGAGAAGGCGUUAGAACUUUUGGAUCUGGCUAACGCGUAUUGUGAGAGCAGUCUCAAGAAGCACUGCAUUCGUAUGAUAAAGCAAGGAAUUACUGUAUCAAACGUCGCCUACUUAUAUAGCAUUGCAAUUGAAUAUAGCGCGGAGGAACUAGAAGAAUUCUGCUUCAAGUUUGCCUUGAAUCACAUGACGGCUGUAACACAGACGGAAAAUUUUGCCAAGCUGGACGAGAAUACGUUAAAAACUUUUAUAAUUAAGGCGGGCAAAGCCGGUGUUUUUAGGACGUAAUUCAUCUGUGUAUCUCAAGAACAAUGCGCCUCGACAGGAAUGGACGAAAAUCUUGUGAUUUUGCAACGGUGUCAAAACAUUAUAUAUAUAUAUAUGUUUGAAAUCUGAUUACGAAUGUGAGGGUAUAUUCCAGGACUGUACAUUUUAGAAAACGUAAACAAUCCCGGAACAUACCUCUGGGCAUACAUAUAUAUAAAUGUUUUGACACCAAAAUUUAUCAU